UCUAUGUUGGGCCUACCAGCGAUUCGUUAGAGCCUUGGUAUCUAUGACAGCGCUGCACGCGAUUACACGUGCUUGAGGAGCCUCUGGAACCGCCAUCGCCACGCUAGUCCGCCGCCGCUGCAGCUACAUAUCUCAAUCAUAAUUAUUAUUGAGAGCCUCGUACGCCUCGACUGCUUCUGCGUCUGAUCGCUGCUGUUCUCGGGAUCCAUCCCGGACAACUGACGAACUGUCACGACGUAGCUACAGGCGCAUCCGGACGAUGGGUUUCAUACGACAGACAUGGACGCUCUGCGAGAAGACGUUGCUGGUUGUCUUCUGGCGCAACUGGCUCGGGACAAGCAUUCUUGCCUUCUUCGCACCGAUCAUCUUCAUUUUUAUCAUCGCCUACUCUAAGAACUUCUUCGUCCCGCCAGCAAAUUUCGGCAUCGGCACCCCGACUCCCAUUCGAUCGUUAUAUGACGCUGUGUCGGCAUCCGCAAAUGGCCGAAAUACUGUCGCUUUCAUUAACAAUGGCUUUACUGGCGGCGCCAUCGAAGCGGUUAUCAAUCAGAUAUCGGAGCCCAUUAGAGCCGCGGGAAAGGAAGUGCGUGUGUUGACCAGGCCCAACGAUGUCUUGACCGUAUGCCCCAGCACCAUCCGAGGUGUAACCCCCUGUUUCGCAGGAGUGGUUUUCCAUUCUUCACCCACCGAGGGUUCAGGUGGAAUAUGGAACUACACCAUGAGGGCUGACGGAGCUUUCGGCACCAAUAUCUAUGUGGAGCGUCGCAACAAUGACGCACAAAUCUAUACCAUUCCGCUCCAGCGUGCUAUCGACUCUGCCAUCGCAUCUCUUAACGGCACCUCCUUGCCUGCGACCAUUCAGGAAUAUCCGUACACCUCGGCGAAUGCUCAGGAACGCGAUCGUAACAUCAACAGGCGCUACAUGGGUACUCUGAUCAGCAUUCUAGGACUUGUCUACUUCGUCGGAAUCGUGGGCGUCUGCUAUCAAUUGCCAGGACAUAUGGCUGAGGAGCGCGAGUCUGGCAUGUCCAGCUUGAUUGAAUCAAUGAUGUCUACUCCGCGCAGACUCAUCCCGCAAGCUGCUCGUCUGCUCUCCCUUCACAUUUCUUUCGACUUGCUCUAUCUGCCCAGCUGGAUAAUAAUGUCCCUCAUUGUCGCACGAUUGAACUAUACUUUUUCGAACGUCGGGAUCGUCGUUGGCUUCUACGUCCUUUCUGGCUUGUCGCUGUCAUCUUGGUCGAUCGCAUUCGCAAGCUUCUUCCGCAAAGCACAGCUGUCCGGAAUCACUGUCACAAUUACUUCUAUCGUAUUGGCAAUUAUUAUUCAAGUCAUACCUCCACCGUCGACAGGGGCUGUUGUGAUCUUGAGUCUCAUCUUCCCUCCCAUCAAUUUUACAGUUUUUAUCAUCUACAUGGCGUACUGGCAGCAACAAAGUCUCCCAGCGAGUCUAGCCGAGGCUCCACCCGGUGCGCCGUGGUCUGUGCCAGGCUAUGUGUUCUUCAUAUUCGCUUUCUUGCAGCUCAUCAUUUACCCUGUCCUUGCAAUGCUCGUUGAGCGGACACGAUACGGGACAGCGUCCAAGUCUCGACAGUUGCUGUACACAGGAGGGUCUAGACCUGAGGCUGCCAAGAUCACAUCCCUGAAUAAGGAGUACACUCCCGGCCGGUUCAUGACGAUGCUAGCACGGCGCUUCCCGAGGUUCUCGCGCCCUAUCGUGCACGCAGUCAAUGACCUUUCGCUUUCCGUGCUUCGAGGUCAGAUAACGGUGUUGCUAGGCGCAAACGGCAGUGGCAAGAGUACCACACUCGACAUGCUGGCAGGUCUUCAAAAGCCAACCAGUGGUGACAUUCAGAUCGAUGCUACUGGCGGUAUUGGCCUCUGCCCACAAAAGAACGUUCUAUGGGACGACCUCACUGUUUAUGAACAUGUUCGCAUUUUCAAUAGACUGAAGUCAGAAAAGAUUGAUACCCGAGCCGAACUAGAAUCUCUUAUUGCAUCCUGUGAUCUGGAAUUGAAGGCAAAGGCUCGUUCUGGAACGCUAUCGGGUGGACAAAAGCGGAAAUGCCAACUUGCAAUGAUGUUCACCGGUGGAUCGAGCUUGUGCAUGCUAGACGAAGUAAGUUCGGGACUUGACCCACUGAGUCGUCGCAAGAUUUGGGACAUUAUUCUGGCUGAGCGCGGCAAGCGUUCGAUUCUAAUGACUACCCACUUUCUCGACGAAGCAGAUUUGCUCUCGGACGAAAUCGCAAUAUUAUCAAAGGGAAAGCUUGUUGCGAACAGCUCGGCUGUCGAGCUGAAACAUCAUCUGGGCGGAGGCUACCGGGUCAAGAUCUAUCACGAAAAUACCAAAGCUCUUCCUGCUGAGCUUACUACAGUUCCCAAUCAGACUCUCGCGGAUCACACUGUCUAUAAUCUCGCUACGUCUGCUGCGGCAGCGGACUUCAUUGCUCGGCUAGAACAGGCCGGCGUACGAGAGUAUCAAGUCAAUGGACCAUCAAUUGAGGAUGUAUUCUUGAAGUUGGCGGAGGAGGCUCACGAGGAUCUCGAGAAGGAUAGAGUACAAUUGACUUCGGCCGCCGGGAGUGAGGAAUAUACCGCAGACGAGAAACCACUCAAGCUUGUUCCCGGAAAGACCCUUUCCUUCUUUGGCCAGACUUGGGUCCUGUUCCGCAAAAGAGCUAUCAUCUUAAGGCGGAAUCCUUGGCCAUAUUUGGCAGCACUGCUUAUACCCAUCAUCGCAGCCGGUCUGGUCACGCUCUUUGUCAAAGGCUUCAAGGCUAUAUCCUGCGAUCCCGCAGAUCAGGUAUCACUGACACCUGUCAGCGCCGGCUUGGAGAAUUUUCUCGCGAUUCAAGCCCUGAUUAUCACAGGCCCAACUGCUCAACAGUCCUUCAUUAACCAGGUCUACCCUCGUUUGAAUUCGUCGUCCUACCUCAAUGCCAGCUCAUUUGGACAAUUCCAAGAUCUGUUGAGUCAAAAUUACUCUAAAAUCCAACCUGGUGGAAUAUACCUCGGUGACACUCCGACAUUUGCUUGGCGUGGCGACUAUUCCUUGUACUUCGCAGUGGCGGCGCAGAACUUGCUUGACAUCAGUCUUCUAAGAAUUCCCAUUAUCGCCAGUUAUGACGCAUUUGAUUUGCCAUUCUCGCCGGAAGCAGGAAACAGCCUUCAGCUGAUCAUUUAUUUCGGUUUGGCUAUGAGCGCAUUCCCUGGCUUCUUCGCUUUAUAUGUCAACACCGAGCGCGUUCGGAACGUGCGAGCACUCCACUAUAGUAAUGGUGUCCGCGCAGGUCCAUUGUGGCUGGCCUACACCUGCUUCGAUUUUCUCAUUGUUCUACUAGUGAGCGCGAUCUCGAUCAUCAUUUUCACAUCAGUCACAAAUGUAUGGUAUGCACCAGGAUACCUAUUUGUGGUUUUCACCCUCUUCGGACUUACGGCGACUUUGAUGGCAUAUGUCGCGUCGCUAUUCACCAGGAGCCAACUGGCUACUUUCAUCAUCGCGGCCGGCGGACAGUGUGCUUUUUUUCUGCUCUACUUCAUCGUGUUCCUGGUCCUUCUCACAUACUCACCGCCCGCAGUUGUGGAUAAACGCCUUUCCAUCGCAAACUACACUAUCGGAGCUUUCUUUCCUGCCGGAAACCUUCUCCGGGCUUUACUACUGUCUCUCAACGAGUUUUCCUUGCUCUGCCGCGGAAUGGAGGUAGCAUCGUAUCCUGGAGCCUUCGGAGUUUACGGCAGCCCAAUCCUGUAUCUGACCAUCCAAGCGAUUGUUCUGUUUACCAUCUUGGUCUUGUGGGAUAGCGGGUGGAAACCGACCUUCUUUCUGCGGUCCAAGCAUCGCUCAAGCGAUCGGGAAGAAGUCGAAGACGUCGAUCCAGAAGUGUACGAGGAAGCACGUCGUGUGGACAACAGUAACGAUGAAUUGCAGGUCAAGCAUGUCACCAAGGCUUUUGGCUCAAAUAUUGCUGUUGAGGACGUUACUUUCGGAGUGCCUCGUUCUGAAAUAUUCGCUCUGCUGGGACCCAACGGUGCUGGCAAGUCCACAACCAUUGGGCUCAUUCGCGGAGACACGCAACCAAGUGACAAAGUCAGCGAGAUUCUGAUCGAAAACAACUCCAUCAUCCGAUCGCGAGCGACAGCAAGAUCAUACCUUGGUGUCUGUCCGCAAUUCGAUGCCAUGGACCAGAUGACUGCCGUCGAGCAUCUUCGGUUCUACGCCCAGGUUCGUGGCGUUCGAGACGUCGAGAACAACGUUGAACAGGUCAUUAAGGCUGUUGGCCUCGGCCCGUUUAAAUCCAGAAUGGCUGCGAAGUUGAGUGGAGGUAACAAGAGAAAGCUCAGUCUAGGUAUCGCUUUGAUGGGCGAUCCAUCAGUGCUCCUCCUCGAUGAGCCGAGUAGUGGCAUGGAUGCCGCUUCUAAACGUGUGAUGUGGCGAACCCUUUCGUCAGUUUCUGAAGGACGAUCACUGGUACUCACGACCCAUUCCAUGGAGGAGGCUGAUGCUCUGGCCGAUCGCGCCGGUAUCAUGGCCAAACGUAUGCUGGCUGUCGGGACGGCCGACCAAUUAAGGAAGAAGCACGGCGACGCGUUCCAUGUCCACCUGGUUCACCGCGAUGCACCGAACACUAGCGAUGAGGAUAUGGACGAAAUCAAGGCAUUUGUGAAUCGCACAUUUUCUGGAGCUACCACAGAAGAGCGUGCUUUCCACGGCCAGCUCCGUUUCAGUGUCCCCAACAGUCAGGUCGUCGACGAAGACAUGUCUUCGACAGACGAGAUUGCCGAUGACAAAAAGAACGGCGUUCGCAGUAUUGUCACUCGGUCAAGUGGUAGCAGCAUCAGUGCGCUGUUUGCUCAACUUGAAGCCAAUAAAGAGAAUCUUGGCUUCGAAUAUUACUCUGUGAGCCAGGCGACCCUUGACCAGGUAUUCCUCAACAUUGUCACGAAGCACAACGUCCUUGAGGAGAACUACGCUCGUACGCAUUCGACUCAACGGAACUUCUGGAAGAGCCUGCUUGCUGCGUGUUGCAUUUCCUAAGCACUUCUAUACAUCGACACACACUAAGAUAGAUUUAGACGACCAGUACAAUACUCUUUGUCCUUCCGCUGUGGUUCAUUAUUCGCACGCGUGGUGAUGUAAUCGGCUUCGUAAUGCCCUUGCGGGGCACCGCAAGCGUGGCGUUCGCGUGCCUGCCCC